ACGGGAAAGGCGGCGACAGGCUCGGAGAGAGAAAAAAAAGAGAGGGGGGGGUGGGAAAUGAGGUGAUUUUUUAAAAAAAAACAUUUUUAUUAUGAUAUCGGCUUCAUUUGGAGCCUGAGGAGUAGCGGCUGACGGACGGACGGGCGGGAGAGCACACGGUCAGCGAGCUGGUGAGAGCGGGGCCACGACCGACUGAGGGCGGAAAGGAAAGAAAAGGGAGAGAGAGCGGACAAAAAAAAAUGUAAUAAAACGGCCCCCUUUUCAGCGUGUGUGCAAAAAACACCCAACCGGAUUUGCAUUUAAUAAAAAAAGAGGAGCAUCUACCUUUCGAAGGAGAGACGCCGACAAUCAAAGGGAGAGCCGUUCAUCGAGGGGGUGGACCACAAUAUUGUGUGUGUGUGGGAGAGAGAUUUUUAAAAAAAUAUAUAUAUUUUUAUUCAGGAAAACGAAUCAUUUUGUUUUUGGUGAGGAGGAGUAUUUGUUUUAUCUUGUUUUUUAUUUGAAGCUCUCUCUGAGACACAAUGAAGGCGCCUGUCCGCCAUGUUAGCCCCAUGGGCACGGACUGACUGGAUCAUUAAACCACCCCCCCCCCCCACAAACACAUUCAUGUUUGAUGUCGUUACCUUGGCCAAAAGAAACCUUGAGGAGAAUUCUGCGGUGUUUAAUCCCCCCCCCCGAGAGGGAGGAGAGGUCCCGGAGUUUGCUGCAGCCGCCGUUGUUGUGAGUGUCCUGUCGGAGCUGCCAUGGCCGAGCAGGCAUAUUCCUGGGCCUAUUCCCUUGUGGAUUCCAGUCAAGUUUCUACCUUCCUCAUCUCCAUUCUACUUAUUGUCUAUGGAAGCUUCAGGUCUCUGAAUAUGGAUUUUGAAAACCAGGAUAAAGAUAAAGAUGUGAAUACUUCAUCUGGUACUUUCAAUGCAAACAAUGCCAACAAUAGUAUCCAGACCAUAGAUUCUACACAAGCCUUGUUCCUUCCAGUAGGGGCAUCAGUGUCUCUCCUAGUGAUGUUCUUCUUCUUCGAUUCCGUUCAAGUAGUCUUUACAAUAUGCACUGCAGUUCUUGCAACAAUAGCAUUUGCCUUUCUGCUACUUCCAAUGUGCCAGUAUUUAACAAGACCCUGUUCACCUCAGAACAAAAUUUCAUUUGGCUGCUGUGGACGAUUCACUGCUGCUGAACUACUGUCAUUUUCCCUUUCAGUAAUGCUUGUGCUUAUCUGGGUAUUGACAGGGCAUUGGCUACUGAUGGAUGCUCUGGCAAUGGGCCUCUGUGUAGCCAUGAUCGCUUUUGUACGAUUGCCAAGUCUUAAAGUUUCCUGCUUGCUGCUUUCUGGACUCCUCAUUUAUGAUGUCUUCUGGGUAUUCUUCUCUGCUUACAUCUUCAACAGCAAUGUCAUGGUGAAAGUGGCCACUCAGCCUGCUGACAAUCCUUUAGAUGUGUUAUCAAGGAAACUUCAUUUGGGACCUAAUGUUGGACGGGAUGUUCCUCGCCUCUCACUACCUGGAAAAUUGGUGUUUCCAAGUUCCACGGGCACCCACUUUUCAAUGCUAGGAAUUGGAGACAUUGUCAUGCCAGGACUUCUGUUGUGCUUUGUGCUUCGAUAUGAUAACUAUAAGAAAGUAUCUAACAGUGAGGCUAUUCCACCUAAUAUACCUGGUCGUAUGCAGAAGGUGUCAUACUUCCAUUGUACCUUGAUUGGUUACUUUGUAGGUCUUUUGACAGCCACUGUAGCAUCUAGAAUUCACCGGGCUGCUCAACCUGCACUCUUGUACCUCGUUCCGUUUACACUGCUACCACUGCUCACCAUGGCUUAUUUGAAGGGUGAUUUACGGCGUAUGUGGUCAGAGCCAUUCCACUCCAAGGCAAACAGUUCUCGAUUCCUGGAAGUAUGAUGGCAUGAAGUGGAGCUAAGAGCAGGAAUGACGUACGGUGGGCACCAGAAGAUUUGUGUCAUGUGGUUUCAUUCUUCUCAUCAAGCAAAAUUGGUGCUUAAAGUGUUAACAAAAAUGGUUGUGGAAGAAUUUCCUUUUCCUUUUAUGGAAUGCAGACCCUGUACAAUUAAUCCAACCCAUCUGCAGUCUUUGGAUUAGCAACAGACUCACGCCGUACCAUGUAUAUUACAAAUGAAAAAGGAACAAGAAGCCCACCUUUUUAAUGACAAGAUGUCAAAUCUAAUCUUGUACAUAGAGCUGCCAUAUAGAAGACGCAACUUGAAGAAACCUGUUUAAAGGGACCAGCGCCAAGUCAAUGAUUGUUUGGUUUGUCUUGAACUUUAACCUGAAGAAGACAACAAGGCAGCGACAUAUCUUGAGUUCAGUAAUUAUCUGUGCGGUGACUCUUAUUUCCUCCCCUCCCCCCACAGACACGAGUUGAGUAUGCAGUAAAAUCUAUGCUGUAAUUAACUUUACACCUGACGUUUUGUUGCAAUGAUCCAGAAAGGUUAAGACGCCAAGAUGAAUCAUGUUGUGUACUUAAGUGGCCUGUUGUAAAUUUUAGCAUGUAUAGCAUUAAAUAUUGCUUCAGUAUAAGACCCACUGUUCCCUCUUCCAAGAUGCUCUUAUACCAUAAUAUGUGACUUUAGAAACGUAAUUGUAGUUUGCACUUGUACCUGUGUUCAUGACCCGAGUUGAUCUUGCACAAUUAAGAUUGGUGUAGCAAAAAAGUUAACUUUUUAUGGUUUCCCCGUUUCUUUUUUUGGUUUGAUUAAUUUAGCUAAUGCAUGUAUCAUAGCGGUACUCGUUACCUAAACCCUCUUGAUUGUAGUGGUGUAUCCUUGUAAAUAUUUCUUUUUUUGUAUACAUUUGUUCGAAUGUGCGUUGUUAGCUCUACAUAUGUUGAUAAGUGUAAUCUUGUCCAAGUUUACAAGCAGUAUCUGUUUUGUACCUUGGGUUUGUAUUUGGUUCGCAGAAUUUUUUCUGAUAGGCAUUGACUUUGGCUGCUGUGGGAGCAGCAAUUUAACAUACAAUAGAACGUGAAUCCAAACUGAAGGUUUGUGUGCCUCUAGAAUUCCUGCCAUCAUUGUACGAUCAAGAUGGCAAUUGUAGUCUUCAGACCUAGAGAUUUCCGAAUAGAGUGCAAGGCCUGGAACCAAAAUGAAUUAAUACAAACAAUGCUUCAAGUUCUUCCUCCAUGCCCACUUCUCACUGACCCAGCCCCCAACGUGUUUUCCUAAACAUACACCCACCCAGAGUGUCAGGUUAUUAUUUUUAAAGAUGGUAUUGUUUUCUUGAAAACAACAGUAAUGUUAUCGUGCCGUAGACUAGACAAGUUGAUGAAGCCAUUUUAUAGAUUCUGGCUUUGCUGAAAGCAGUCAGAUGGACUGAAUGAUUACUGUACAAUCCUUGUACAUCAGGUGUGUGUUUCUGGCCCUGGAAUUGAACAAUAUCUUUCAUCUCUAUAUAACAUGCGCAGUCAAGAUUCCUUUGUAAAUAAAACCAAAAGUUUAAGUGCA